GGCGCCGCCACUGCGCAGCCUCCCGCGCGCCCCGGUCAGCCUGCGCGCAGCGCUGGGUGCCUCCCGGUCCCGGCCCGCAGCCUCCUCGCGCCAUGGCGUUCAGCCGCUUCCAUCUCGCGCAGUGCGUCUGCUACUUCCUGGCCUUCGUCUUCAGCUUCGUGGUGGUGGUGCCGCUGUUCGAGAACGGCCACGACUUCCGCGGCCGCUGCCUGCUCUUCACCGAGGGCAUGUGGCUGAGCGCCAACAUGACGGUGCAGGGGCGCGAGCGCUUCACGGUGCAGCAGUGGGGCCCCCCGGCCGCCUGCCGCUUCAGCCUGCUCGCCAGUCUCCUCUCGCUGGUGGUCGCCGCGGGCCACGCCUGGCGCACGCUCUUCUUCCUCUGCAAGGGCUACGAGGGCUCCUUCCUCUACUCCCUCCUGAACCUGCUGGUCAACGCCUUCGUGGUCUUCCUCGUCUUCAUCGCCAGCACCAUCGUGAGCGUGGGCUUCACCAUGUGGUGUGACUCUGUCACGGAGAGGGGCACCGUGCCCCGCAGCUGUGAGGACCUCCAGGACGUCAACUUGGAGCUGGACGUGGACAACUCUGCCUUCUACGACCAGUUUGCCAUUGCCCAGCUGGGCCUCUGGGGCGCGUGGAUGGCCUGGCUGAUCCUCACCGUCAUGGCCUUCGUGCGGGUGUACCGCAGCUGCCGGGAGGAGGCCCUGCUGGACAGCCUGGCCCACGAGAAGGAGCUGCUGCUGGCCCGGCCCGACCGCGCCCUCUUCCAGGAGGAGAAGAGCGCCGUCAUCUAGGCGCCCGCGCCCUGUCCCGGGGCCGCGGCGGGGCCUCAGCCCGGGCCCCCCACCCACACUGCCUUGCAUGCCUCCCCUGCCCUGUGCAUCAUGAGUAGCUGCUCCCCCAAAGACCCCGACUCCCACUGUGACUGUGGCGGCUGACCGGGUGGGGCUGCUGGGGGGACCUGGCCGGCGAGGCUGCUGGGGGGCGGCCGGCCUCUCCGACCCCGCUGGCCGCCAGGCCCCGGCUCUGCCCACGUGUCCGUAGGUCGCAGGAUCAAAAGUGCAGGGACGGCUGCGUGGGCCUGUGUGGGCGUCCUGGGGGCUGCCGUGGUGCCUGGGGGUGGGGCCCCGGUGGCCCGGCCCCGAGCUUGUCUCGUGUGUCCCUGUGCCCCUGCAGGUGUCUGAGUGUGCACCUGAGGGUGUGAGUGUGCGUGUGUGAGUGCAAGCCCACGAGAGCGUGCCCAUACACAGCUGUGUGCGCACGUAUGAACGAGUGUGCACAAGUGUGAGUUAGCACACGAAGAUGUGCGAGCACGUGGAGGCAGCUGUGUGCACACAGGUGUGCAUGUGCAUACAUGUGAGCGUGUGUGUGUGCAGAAGUGUGUGUGUGUGUGUGUGUGUGUGUGUGCAAACCAGGAGUGGCGGGCUGAGACCAGAGUGGGUGAGGGAGGGGGUGUGCUGGGCAGCUCCUCUGCACCCCCACCCACAGGGAGCCGGUGCCCCCGCACCCUGGGGUGGGCUCUGCUUUCCCAGCAGGGGCCCUGAGGCCCCAGAGGUCAUGGGGCCGUGGACCCCUCCUUGAGGGGCUCCCUGGCUCCCCACCUGCACCCCGCCCACCGUGUCCAGUCCAGGAGGGGGCACCCAAGGUGCAAGAGCACCCCACCCCGCUCUCGAAGCCGCGUUCGCUCCCCCAGCCGCCCUCCAGCCGCAAAGCUUGCUUCCCUGCUGCCCCCCGCCCUGCGGGAAGGACGGCCCCGCUCCCCAGGACCGGGCAAUCACUGCCAGCGACCGGACUCGUCUCCCGGCCGGGGGCUCGGGGGCCAGGAUCGAGGCGCAGGCAGGGGCUGUGGACAGACUGGGCCAGGACGAGGCGGCAGGCCACUGGCCGUGACGCUGCCACGCUGGCUCGCGUCCUGGACGAGGCUGUGGCCAGGUGGCUGAGGGUCCUGGCACGGCAGAGGCGCCCUGGCCCCGGAGUCGGGCCAGACUCCAAGGCGAGCAGCGGACCCACGGGACAGGGGAGGUGUGUUGACGGAGCCCGAGGGCCCCAAGCAGAUCUGGGCAGUCUGGGGGCCCCCCACCGGCGGGGCCCCAUCCCAGGCAGCAGCCCGCUGGGCCAGAAGGAGGGGCAGGGGCUUCCGGAGCCCGAGGGUGCCGGGGCUUGGGGUCUGCCCCGUAGGCUGCCUGGAGCUGGUUUGGGGCAGCCCCUCGGUCCAGCCCGCAGAGGCCCGUGCCCACUCCCUGCAGGGCCCCUGCAGAGCGGGUUGUCACGGACACACCCCCGGCCAGGCUCUGGCCGGCCGCCGCCAGCGCCUCCAGACGUCCAGGCUUCGCGGCCCCCGCCGCGGGGCCGCCCACCGCUUCCCCCUGCUGCGUGGUGACAACAUUGUGUUUCAGCUCCACCUGUGGCCACACCGGAAGCAAAGAUCCUUAAGUGUGUUUAUUUCUCAAAGUCAAAUAAAAACGGGAAGACCA